CGAAAUAAAUACCCCUAUUCUUUUUCUAGACACAAAAAUAGGGAUUUUACGAUUCGAUUUUUGUCUUCAAUCUAGUUUGUUAAUUAAUGGCUUCUUGGAAUUCCGUUCCACUGGAAGUGUUGUAUAAUGUUUUGGGAUGGAUUGCGUUUGUGUCAUGGUCUAUUAGCUUUUAUCCUCAGGUCAUUUUGAAUUUUCGUCGGAAAAGUGUGGUGGGAUUGAAUUUUGAUUUCGUGGUGUUGAAUUUGACAAAGCACUCGUCUUAUCUCAUCUACAAUGCUUCCAUGUUCUUCAGUUGUGCUGUUCAAAGGCAAUAUCAUAAUCGAUAUGGCAAAAAUGAGAUGAUACCUGUAGCUGCCAAUGAUGUGGCUUUCUCUACUCAUGCUCUUCUUUUAACAGCCUUUACCUUGUUUCAGAUCUCUAUCUAUGAUUACAUCUCUUUUCAGCGUGGAAAUCAGAAGGUAUCGAAAAUUGCUAUAGCAAUUGUUUCUGUUGCUUGGUUAAGUGUUGCAGUUUGUGUGUUUGUGGCUAUCCCUAAGCAUUCCUGGCUAUGGCUAGUGUCCUGUUUCAACGGAUUGCAGGUUGCUAUGACAGUAACCAAGUACAUUCCCCAGGCUGUUAUGAACUUCCGGAGAAAGAGCACCGUUGGUUUUAGUAUUGGUAACAUUUUGCUGGAUUUGUUUGGAGGUUUAACAAAUUACGGGCAGAUGGCAGUGCAAUCUAUAGAUCAACAUUCGUGGGUGAACUUUUAUGGAAACAUCGGCAAGACUUUGUUGUCAUUGGUGUCGAUAUUCUUUGACAUUCUCUUCAUUCUGCAACAUUAUGUGCUAUAUCCUUCAACGAAAGAAGUGGUUUCUCCUAAAUUUGAUGUGGAGGAACCAAGGGACAUUCAGGGACGUUGAUUGUAAAACAGUGGAAUUUGAACUUUCUCAAGUCAUCUUGGUGUACGUAACAGUAUUACUCCAGUCGAAACAUAGUUAAAGAAGAUGUAGUCUAUUAUAUUUUAUAAAUUUAACGUUUGGAGUAUUUCAAAAUCGUAGUUUGUUUAUUGAUAUGCUCUGUCAUUUCUAAAUUCAAGUUUGUAAUUAAUAAUUGAACAUGUUUUUAAGAAUAUUUCAAGUUUAUUAUGAACCAAAUUCAUGAUUC